CGGGCUUGGUAGUUGCUAGGAAACCGAGAAGCCCGGCUGGAGAGGGCGGAGCCCUGGAAAGGGCGUCCCCCAUUCUUCUCCUGGCUUUGUUUAAAUCCUUUGCUAGCCAAGCCGAAAGAUAACAAAACACCCAUAGCUCCCCCUGCUGCUAGUCGAAGGAACCGCGGCUUGGAUAAUCUACACUUAACUGAGGCUGCGCGUUCCCCUCUCACGUAGUCCCACUUCCCAGCUUGUCGAAGAAGGGAAGGAGGAAGAAGGGUAUUCCUGGAGACUGAGGGGGAGCAGGUAGAAGGAAAAGGAGAACUGGCAUGGGAAUAGAGGACGAGAAAAAGAGGCGGAGAGAGGGCGGGGCAGAGGAUGAUCCAUCAUUGGAAAGAAAUUUUAGAGGCCACAAAGAUGCUGUCACCAGUGUGGAUUUUAAUCUCAACGUGAAGCAGUUAGUAAGUGGCAGCAUGGAUUCAUGUCUGAUGAUCUGGCACAUGAAACCUCAUAUGAGAGCCUAUCGCUUUGUGGGGCAUAAAGAUGCAGUGAUGUGUGUUCAGUUUUCCCCUUCUGGUCAUCUUGUGGCAUCAGGAUCUAGAGAUAAAACUGUCCGAAUAUGGGUGCCAAAUCUCAAAGGAGAAUCUACUGUUUUCCGAGCUCACACAGGAACUGUAAGAAGUGUACAUUUUUCCAAUGAUGGUCAAUCGUUGGUGACAGCCUCAGAUGACAAAACAGUAAAGGUGUGGACAGUACACCGUCAGAAAUUUUUGUUCUCAUUCAGCCAGCACAUCAAUUGGGUCCGUUGUGCCAAAUUUUCUCCUGAUGGAAGGCUGAUUGUGUCUGCCAGUGAUGAUAAAACUGUCAAAUUGUGGGAUAAGACUAGCAGAGAAUGUGUGCAUUCUUUUUGUGAACAUGGCGGGUUUGUCAAUUAUGUGGACUUCCAUCCCAGUGGUACGUGCAUUGCUGCUGCUGGUACAGAUAACACUGUCAAGUUAUGGGAUGUCAGGACCAACAGGCUCCUUCAGCAUUAUCAGUUGCACAGUGCUGUGGUAAAUGCCCUUUCCUUUCACCCAUCUGGAAACUACCUGAUCACAGCUUCCAGUGAUUCAACACUGAAGAUUCUAGACUUGAUGGAAGGCAGGUUGCUAUAUACUCUUCAUGGUCACCUGGGACCAGCUACCUGUGUUGCCUUUUCAAGAUCUGGGGAAUUAUUUGCUUCUGGAGGUGUUGAUGAGCAAGUGAUGGUAUGGAAGUCUAACUUUGAUACAACUGAUUAUGGAGAUCCCCUGAAGACCCACAGAUCUGGCAGUUCGAAGGAUGAUGUCAAGAGUCCGCCAGAAAUGGAUUUCUCAGAAACUUCCUUCAGAAUUAAAGCUCAAGAUUCUAUCAGGAACCCACAGACAGAUGUAGUCACCCUUCCCCCAGCCAUUACCAACACUCUGGAGCAUAUCGUGAGUCAGUUGGAUGUCCUAACUCAGGAUCACAGAUCCAGACCUGGAAGGAUCUCCAAAAGUCAUCUAGUCCAACUCCCUCAUUUGACCCAUGAAGAAACUGAGACCAAGGGGUCAAGAGAUCAAAGUCACAAGGGUAAUUUCAGAGAUGGGAUUUGUACCCAGAACUAGGGAUCCCAGGUCCUUCCUCUCUUUUGUACCCUAGAUUAAUGUUCUCCUCCAGAAAUACACACUGUGAUAAUUAACAAACAACAACUUGGGGUCUAUGGACUCUCUGAUGUCACUUCUGUUCUGGACCGCGGCAGUGACCACUUGACCCAUCCCUUUUAAAAUCUAAGGCAUACUGUGGCAGCAGGAUGGCACAGUGGAUGGAGCAUCAGCCCAGAAGCCAGCAGGAUCCGAGUUCAAAUACGGUCUCAGAUAUUUAAUACUUAAUAACUUGAACAAGUCCCUUAACCCCAAUUGCUUUGCAAAAAAAAAAAAAAAAAAUCCAGUCAUGCUUUUAUUUCCUAUUUGUUUCUGCUGCAUCUCCUGUAUUAGUACUUCAAAGCUCUGUAUCCAUGUUACCAGAGAUGAAAAUCAACCAGACUAAGCAAGAACCAAACUCACCCCCGCCCCUUCUCCACUGGCUGGUAGAAAUAAAUGAAAGGCAGAAACAGCAUUUAUUAAGUUCUGUGUGCCAGGCACAGUGCUGGGUGUUGGAAAUCCACAAAAAGAAUAUGGGUCUUUUCCCCAAAACUUAUCUUGUAAGAGGGGGAGGCAGCACUAAUGAGGAAGUGGUGGCUGGAGAAAGGUAUUUUGGUCGGGAAAGUCACAGGGAUGGCGAGUGUUGCUGUAAAGUAACUGAUUGACGUGACCUUUCCAGGAAUGGUAGUGAUGACUUGUUUCCAAAGAUGAUGUAGAAAGGGGGUGGAGGCUGCAAAGAUUCGGGGGGCAGGUGGAUUAGUGAUGGAGAGUUUGGCAGAACUGGUUCCGGGGGCACCGCUGACCCAAUUCCAUCUGGGCUUGGACCACCACUCAGAGGGGUGGGGAUGGUUCUGCCAAAUAGCUCAGUCCCAUCCUUCUUUGCUGUCCCCUCCCCACCAUGCUCUCUGCCCCAGCCCCAGAGGUUUCCUCUUUAGGCUUUGAACGGUCCUAUUGCUUUCUGGGUGAACGGCUCUUUGGUGAAACCUGUUCUAACCCCCAACACUCGGGCUUUACGGGCAAGGGCCCACACCUGUCUGGCUCUGAGCAAUAGCAGCAAUCAAUAAGGUUGGGCCACUCUAAGAUUCGCAACAACCCAGUCAGGGAAGCAUUAGUGGCAGUAUUCCCAUUUCAUAGAUAAGAAAACUUGAGAGAUCAAGCAAUUGUCUG